GGCAGGCUUAACAAGCAAGUCAGGUCUUUAAACAUCUGAAGGCAAGGCUGAAAGAGUCUGAGCAGAAGAGGAGAGUGUGUGAGUGUGUGGUUUGAGAAAGAGAGAGAAGAGAGGUGGAUGGGAGGACGAGUGCAGAGAACGGCGAGAUUCAUGCUGUGUUAGCAUCCCCUCAGCAACUCCAUCAAUACUGCAUACAGCUGAGAAACUGGCCAAGGUCCUCCGUGCUGCGCUUGCAGACUCGGCCGGGGAGAGAGAGCAACUCCCACGACCGGUUGGCUCAGUCUGCUGCUGCUGCUGGGCAAGGGAAGGGGGGCUCUGUGAGGGGCACACACACACACACUUUCUCAAACACAUUCAAUAGAGACUCUGCUGCAUCAAGGGGCAGAAGAGCAGAGCUAAGGAGGGUUCAGAGGGACACACAGACUGGGAAUACUCCAGUUGACAGGAUUUGUUUGGAGACUCGUGUGCUAAUAAUGCUGCCGAGCUCCGCAGGGGAAGCUGAGCACCGGGGAGUUUGACAGGAUCUCAGUGCACCUGCUCCAUGCACACUGGCAGUUUACAGAUUGGCCUCCUCACCCCCUACCAGGAGCUGCAUUUGACUAAUUCUCCCCUCCAACAUUCCAUUAACAGUUUAUGUGGAAGAGCUGAUGUGUGCGAUGGCCAGGCUGGACCAGCAGGUUCUCAUACGCACAGUUCUGUGUUAUCGUUACCUCCCGACCAAACAGCCCAGCCCGAGGAUCUGACCGCUCCUCUCCUCCCUCUCCCCCCUUCCUCCCUCGACCUGGGUGUGUACUGAUCCCAGGCCCACCAUGGGAGGAUGCUUUUCUAAAACCAAACCAGUUGAAGUUAAAGUGGAACUCUCACUCCUGGAAAAAGAAAAAGAGGUGGAUGGACUCUCACCUAAUGGCAAAGCGAGUCCCUUCGCUGACUGCAGACCUAACGGGGCCCUGGGACACGGCUCUGAUGAGGACUCCACCGCGCUCCCCCUCUACCACAAACCACGAGACUAUGUGGAGGUCUCCGUCUGUCACGUUAAAGAUCUGGAAAACGGACAGAUGCGUGAGGUUGACUUGGGAAGUGGCAAAGCUUUGUUGAUCAAAGAACAUGGAGAGUUUGCAGCCAUGGGCCACAAGUGUCCACACUACGGAGCACCUCUUGUCAAAGGUGUGUUGUCAAAAGGCCACGUGCGCUGUCCCUGGCAUGGUGCAUGCUUUAACAUUGCAACAGGAGACAUAGAGGACUUCCCUGGACUGGACAGCCUGCCUACCUUCCAGGUCAGAGUUGAAAAGGACAAGGUGAUCAUUCGCGCAAACAAGCAGGCUCUUCAGUUGCAGAAAAGGUCAAAGCCCAUGGCCAGAUGCUCAGCAGUCAUUAACUCCAACACAGGUUUCAGCCAUGUUCUCAUCAUUGGCUCAGGUCCAGCAGGUCUGGUGUGUGCAGAGACACUGAGGCAAGAGGGCUUCACAGAUCGCAUCGUCAUGUGCACGAUGGACAGACAUCCUCCAUAUGACAGGCCUAAACUGAGUAAGUCCUUAGAGAGCACAGCAGAGCAACUGAGACUGCGCUCCAUGAGCUUCUUACAGGACCAUGACAUAGAGCUGCUCACAGAGAAAGAGGCAGUCGCAAUAGAUGUGAAAACUCGAUCCGUGACCUUUGAAGAUGGCUUGAGAAUGGAGUACAGGAAACUUUUUAUUGCUACAGGAAGCAAACCAAAAGCAAUAACCUACAAAGGCAAGGACGUCAGGAAUGUGUUCCACCUCAGGACGCCCGAGGAUGCAAACAGCAUAGCGCAGCUGGCCAACAACAAGAACGCUGUGAUUAUUGGAACAUCCUUUGUUGGCAUGGAGGUGGUUGCAGCUCUAACUGACAAAGCCCACUCAGUCUCUGUCAUCGGCAUGGAGACUGUCCCCUUCAAAAAAGCCCUCGGGGAGAAAUUAGGGAAAUCAAUAAUGAAGCUGUUUGAGGCAAACAGGGUGAAGUUCUACAUGCUGAACGAAGUGUCAGAGAUGAUUGGUCAUCAUGGACAGCUGAAAGAGGUGGCGUUGAAGAGUGGAAAAGUCCUGCGGGCAGAUGUUUGUGUCAUUUGUGCAGGAAGUGUUCCAGCCACAGGCUUCGUGAAGCAAAGCGGCAUCCACAUGGACUCUAGGGGCUUCAUCACUGUCAACAAGAUGAUGCAGACAAAUGCUGAAGGGGUGUUUGCUGGAGGAGAUGUGGUGAUUUUUCCUUUUCCGCCACGGAACAACAAGAAGGUGAACAUCCCUCACUGGCAGAUGGCCCAUGUACACGGAAGAGUGGCAGCUCUCAGCAUGAUGGGCAGAGCCGCUGAGAUCAAAACUGUGCCUUACUUCUGGUCCGCCAUGUUUGGGAAGACCAUACGCUAUGCAGGUUAUGGUGAGGGAUUUGAUGAUGUCAUUAUUCAAGGAGAUCUGGAUGAACUGAGAUUUGUGGCGUUUUAUACCAGGAGUGAGGAGGUGGUUGCUGUGGCCAGCAUGAACUAUGAUCCCAUUGUAUCCCGAGUAGCAGAGGUCUUAGGAUCGGGAAAGACGAUUAAGAAACGAGAUGUGGAGAUGUUAGCACGGCUUGGCAAGACUGGAGACAUUUCCUGGUUGAUUGACAAAGGGUCUUAAUGACUUUACCUCUGAAGGUCACAAGGACAGACCUAAAGUCCACUUAGAUAUGGACACUAAGCAGCUAUCACUGGUCUGGACACACACACACACACACUCACACUGUCACUGGGGAACAGGACUUCUGGAGACACACUUCCCCAAGGACGACACUGAAACCUGCUUUUGUUCUUUAGAGACACUUUAAGGUGACAGAUAGAGCCAUACACGGUCUGAAUACACUGCAUCACUGCGUUGGCAGGUCUUUUAUGACAUUUAAAUACAAGCAAUACUGGAUUCAAGAUGUAUCUACCUGUACACUUUGUUAAUAAGAA